AUGCUUGUAUCUGUGGUGGUUACAGAGGAUCUGUCCGUUUCCGUGUAUUUUAAGUGCGCUCCGUUGGUGUCGGAUGAUGUGUGCAUUCCUGACGAAGUCCGUGAUGUCCGUGUGCUGGACAACCUUCUAGACAGCGUGGAGCGAUAUUGUGAAAAGAAGGCCCGUCAACAGGAGGACAAGGUGGGAGGAGUGCUUAGGCUUGUUUUAUCCUUGCUGGAUGACAUUUGUGAUGAUGAGCUGCAUGAUGAUGAGAGGGCUGACGCACUAAUCUUCCUGAAGGAGCAGUGCAAGCUGCUGACAAAGAAGAGUAAUGGCGUGCGGUAUUCUGCAGAGCUUUUAGUUUUUAGCAGUAUAUUGCACACAAUUUCUCCACAUGCUUACAAGUUUUUUCGCCACAGCAACAAGCUUGUCUUGCCGCAUGACACUACCAUCAAGCGAGUUUGUGCUGCACAUGAUGUGAGCCCAUCGAAAGAGCAGUGCGAAGAAGGUUUUCUGAGGUACAUUAAGCGCAGAGCAACCAUUCUGACUCAUGAAAAAAAUGUGACUGUCAUGCUUGAUGAAAUACACCUGCAACAGUUUUUUGAAUAUAAAGGUGGCUGCCUAACAGGGUUUGCUGCGCAUUGUGCGGAACCAGCAAAGACAGCGCACAUGUUCAUGGUACAGUCUUUGCUUUCAUCUUAUAAAGAUGUUGCUCAUAUCCUUCCGGUAACUCGUAUCACAGCAACGGAGCUGCAUGAUGUUCUAAAGACACUAAUCAUGAGGCGAAAGUGCUGGUCUGCAUGUUGUUGCGGUCGUAACAGACAACAAUGCCAUAAACAGGAAAAUGAUGUCUCUGUUUAGCGAGCAAAAUGAGCCAGGGAUUGUUUUUCCUCAUCCUGCCAACCCGCAGCAGCCAUUGUU